UAAAACAGGUCGGGACCCUGUGAUUUGGGCGUCAGGUAAAAGUAUAAUUUAGCUGUCCAAUAUUGAGAGAGAAAGUGGGAUAGACAGAAAAUUUGUAAAUACUGCCGUAGAUUUUAAGUAUCAGUAUCUAUAAAGAACAAUCCUGAACGUGUUCUCAAGGAACGGGGUAAACAUGAAGAGUCUGAAGUAUCGACUGAAGAAACACGAAGUUACAAUCACCAACACAGACUGGAACAAGUAUGACGACCGGCUGAUGAAAGCCGUGGAGCGCGGCGAGGUGGACAAGGUCGCAGCCGUCCUCAGCAAGAAGGGCGUGGUCCCCACCAAGCUGGACGUGGAGGGACGCUCCGCCUUCCAUCUCGCUGCUGCAAGAGGACACCUGGACUGUCUCAACCUCAUCCUGGGUCACAAUGUCGACGUCACGGCUACUGAAGCCACCGGUAAAAAUGCUCUACACUUGGCAGCGAGGAAUGGGCAGUCUCUCUGUGUGCAGAAACUGCUGCAGCAUAACUGCCCCGUGGGGAAUGUAGACCUGCAGGGAAGGACUGCGCUGCACGAUGCAGUGAUGGCUGGCUGUGCCUCCAGUGUCAAGCUCCUUUGCGACAGCGGGGCUUCUGUCAAUGCCAACGAUUUUGAUGGCCGGACCCCCCUGGUGCUAGCCACCCAGAUGUGCCACCCCCGGAUCUGCCAGCUGCUGCUGGAGCGCGGGGCGGACAUCAGCGUGAGGGACAAACAGAACAAAACCGCUCUGAUCCUGGGCUGUGAGUACGCCUGUAAAGACGCGGUGGAGGUGCUUCUGAAGGCCGGUGCUGAUGUCACGGCCAAAGACAGCUUCGGCCAUGACAGCUUCCACUACACCCGCCUCAGCAAGAACCUGGAGCUGGUGACGCUCGUCAAGAGCUUCCUGGACAAGGCCACCAAAGAAAAAGAAGCGGCUAAGAAGGAGCUGAAGAUGCGACAGCAGUCAUUGGACAUGAGUGCUGGAGCAAGCGCAAGGGACCAGAUUAUACACGACUUGGAGAAGAAGAACGAGAGCCAGCAGGAGUCUCUGCGGUCCUUCCACCAGGAGCACAGGACCCUGCUGGAGAAGCUCAACCAGCUGCAGCAGCAGCUCAGCCAGGAGAAGUCGACUGUGGAGGACGUACAGAAGGAGAGGGAGCAGCUGAAGCUCCUGCUGUUGACCAAGGAGAAGAAAGACGAGGAGGGCGGGAAGGCUGCCGUGGAAACCGUCAAGGUGCAGCUGAAGAGCCAUAUGGGGGAUUACUCGGGCCAGUCUGUUAUUAAAGGAAAAGACAACGUCCUUGUGAAACAGUCCUACAGCCUUGACUCGGCACAGGUCCUUCAGCCGGUCAGCAGGGGGCAUUCCCGCUCCGGGUCUCGCCCCCUGGAGGUGCCUCGAGCGGGCGCCGCCCAGGCCCCGCCCGGGGAGGCAGAGGCCCUGAGGAGGGAGCUGGAGCUGGCGAGGAGGCGGCAGGAGGCGUCGGAGGAGGAGGCGCGCAAGCUGCUCGGGGCGCUGGCGCUCAAGAAGCAGGAGUGCGAGGAGCUGGGCAGGAGCCGCGAGGCGGAGAGGCGCGACUCGGACCGGCAGGUCCGCGAGCUGGAGGAGGCGCUGGGCGACGUGCAGAAGCGCAUGCUGGACUCGGAGGCCAAGGUGAAGCUGCUGCAGGCGCACGUGGUGGCGGUGAAGGACCACCUCAACAGCCAGCAGGCCGAGGACCUGAAGACCCAGCUGCAGGACGUCAAGGCCAAGUACGAGGGCGCCUCGGCCGAGGUGGGCCGGGUGCGCAACCGGCUGAAGCAGAGCGAGCAGGCCCUGGAGGAGUACAAGGAGAGCGAGGGCCGGCUGGCCAAGGAGGAGGAGCGCCUCUCGCGGGAGCUGGCCCGGGCCCGGGAGGAUACGUCCGCCGCCCUCGCCGCCCGGGAGGCCCGCGUGAGGGAGGUGGAGGGCCACCUGGCGUCGUCCGUGCCCAAGGAGAAGUUCGACAACAUGAAGAACCUCCUGACCAACGGCGUGGACGAGAAGGAGCGGCAGCUGGCCGAGCUGCGGGAGGACUACGACCGCGCGCUGGAGGAGAUCGCCGAGCUGCACCGGGAGCUGGACGGCCGGGACAAGCUCGCCGCCGCCGCCCUGGAGGAGCAGAACGCCGUGCUGAAGAAGAAGCUGGCGGACGUCACGGCCAAGAGCCAGGACCUGAUCCUGGAGGUGGAGGAGGGCAUGGAGGAGAGCAAGAGGCUGGCCGAACACAUGCAGGAGCUCAACCGGAGGAUCCAGACGCAGUACGUGCCGCUCAAGGCCCACGAGGAGGCCACGGGGGCGCUGGAGGAGCUGAGGGCGAAGCUGGAGCGGGCUGAGGCGGAGCUCCAGAAGCUCCGGGCGGAGAAGGGAACUCUCGACGCCAGCGUGGCCCGCCUGCAGACCAGCUACGUCCCCCCGGAGAAGUUCGAGAAGGAGGUGGGGGCGCUGUCGGCCAGGAACACGGAGCUGGAGGACCUGCUGGAGGACCUGCAGAGGCGGUGCGAGGAGCAGGAGACAAAGUUGAGCAAGGCGGCGGAGGAGAGUGCCUCUCUGAGAGAGAGCGUGAAGGGAGAGGGCGCCCGGAGGGAGGAGUAUGAGAAGGAGAGAGCGGCACUCAACGGCGCUCUGGACCGCGCCCGCGCCCGGCUGUCUGAGCUGGAGGGCGAGGCAGCGAAGCGCGAGGAGGAGCUACGGAAAGUGAGAGAGGGAAACGCAACGUUGAAAGGAAAGCUGGAAGGGGUGGAGAUGAAGCUGGGGAAGGACUACGUAAGUGUGAAGGAGCACGAGGAGGCCAAGCGAGAGCUGAGCGGGGCGCUGAGCGCGGCGGAGGCCAGGGAGAAGGAGGCGGCCGCCGCCUGUCGCGAGGCCCAGGAGGAGACGAGCAAGCUCCACAGGGAGAUCCUGGAGCAGAAGCGGGAGCUGGACACCAUACAGGAGGCCAUCCAGUCCAAGUUUGUCCCGGCGACCGUCGUGAAGGAGAAAGAGAGGUCGUACGAGGCAGCUCUGAAGGAUCUGACGGGGCAGCUGGAGGAGGCCAUGGAGAAGUACGGUCACGUGAAGGUGGAGGGAGAACGUCAGAAGCAGGAGAAGGAGAAGAUGAAGAUGGAGAUGGUGUCGGCGCAGAAGCUGCGGGACGCGGAGGAGGAGCACACGUCGAAGGCGGAGGAACUCUCGAGGAGGCUCCGGGAGGUGGAGGGGCAGAAGAGGGACCUGGAGGAGCAGAACGCCCAGUGCACGGCGGAGGUGCAGAGCCUGCAGAGACGGCUGGAGACGGAGUACGUGCUGCUGGAGCGCUUCGAGACCAUGAAGGAGUCGCUGAGCGGGGAGAUGCAGCUGGCUCGGGAGGAGGGCGAGCGUGCGGCCCAGGCCUACAGGAGGGAGGCUGCCAGGGUCGCCGCCCUGGAGGCUGAGCUGCAGAGCCGCAGUGCCGGCGCCGCCCUGCUGGCCGAACACGCCCGCGCCAAGGAGGCCCUGGAGAAGGAGGUGUCCCGCCUGCGCGUGGCCCUGAGCCAGGAGGAGGAGAGCGGGGCCAGGAGGGCCGAGGAGGCCACCGCCAUGCGCUCGGAGCUGCUCCUGGCCGCCCGGGCGAUGGAGGAGGCCUGCCGCGGGGAGGCCGAGGAGGUGGCGGAGCUGCGGGCGGAGAAGGGGAGGCUGGAGGAGGAGGCGGCGGCUCUGUCGGAGCGCCUGGCGGGUCUGGAGGAGCAGUGUAAGGACCUGCGGGAGGAGGCGUCCCAGGCGCGGCAGGGAGAAGGCAGAGCCAGGGCCGAGAUGGAGGACCUGCAGGCCAAGAGCACCUCCAUCGAGCGGGAGAUCCGGGAGCUGAAGGGGAGGUACGACGACUCCCUCAGCACCAUCGGGGACCUGCAGAAGAGGAUCCAGACGUCCUCCGCGCAGACAGAGCAGAAAGACAAGAAGAUCACAGAGCUGCUGACGGACGUGGAGAGGCUGAAGCAGGCCCUGAACGGCCUGUCCCAGCUGGCCUACGCUGGCACCGCGCCCAACAAGCGCCAGACCCUGCACAUCGACACACUCCAGGCCCAGGUCAAGAGCCUGCAGCAACAGCUGGCUGAUGCUGAGAGGCAGCACAGAGAGGUGGUCUCCAUCUACAGAACUCAUCUCCUCAGUGCAGCACAGGGCCACAUGGAUGAGGACGUCCAAGCCGCCUCUGCAGAUCAUCCGGAUGAGGCAGGAGCUGGUCUGCUAGCCCCCGCACCGUACCCCGCCAACACCGCCAUCAUCGAAGAACAGCCACUGGAACCAACCCCCCCCCCCCCCCCUUUAAACCUCGCCUUCUUCAUCUCAGCGCUGAAGACCUAUGCACAGGCCCUCUGCUCCUCAUCGAGCAGAAGCAUCUACUUCAUCCUUGAGAAUUAUAUCUUCACACCCACCCGGUUUCAGAUCUAAUUGUACAUAUGGCUGAGUUAUGACCAGGCUCGUACUUUAACUUUAAGGACCUUAAGAUAUCUUGGGAACCGGUCACCAGUUUCUAUUUCACCGGGCCAUAGGUGACUGUAUGUCAAGAUAUCACUACUGAUAUGCUGUUGUUCCCCUUUUGUUGAGAAUUGCACUGAAAAAGUUGGCUUCAUCGAGGGUAUUUGAUACAGAAUGUUGCAGACUACAGCAGUUGGAGGUUCCUGCUGUCUGCAGACGCACUAAUGAGGAUAUUUUCUCUACUUUUCCAGUAUGUCUGGUUGGAGAGACCGCUGUGUAGAUGAUCGCACACUGUCUCUGUGGGGCUUUAUUCAGCUGCUCCGGUGUCCUCGCACAUAAACAGAUAGCCAGCAUUUGCCGACGCAUACGUCCCUGCCCUAAGACUGCAGGGGUCUUUCAUUUUGAGCACACGCCCCUCCCAAAAUAUCUGUACGGCCCUGCCGGCGCCCAUUGGAGGAUUGUCACUAGGACACAUUUUUAAACGGUCCUCAGGGUGCAGUGAAGGGGAUUGGCUAUCUGCACACUGUAGUUCACGCCCUAACACUCCUCUACCCCCACCCUCCAGUGUAGUCCGUGUUCUCAGUCUGUGCCGAUGGCAGCCUGCUUAAAGUGACCAGGCGGGCGCCGGAUUCAAAACCAGAAGGUUGUAGGCUCGAGUAUGGGGGGGGGGUGGUUUUUAAAUAAGGUCUUUGUCAACCUGCAGUUGUAGCACGUGCCUGUGCCUCUCAGCGGGGGCUUGUUAUCCGUAUCGGUCUCGUCUGCUGUGCCUCCCGCUCAGCCAGGCCACCUCAGUCCCUGAGAAGACGCGCCUCACUCUCACACUCCAUUAGCCCUGCAGAUGCCUGUCGCUGCACCGAGUGAGCAGGACUCCUCAGUAACGGGCUGCGCGGGUCACGCGACCGGGUCACGCGACCUGCGUCCCGACCGGGCUCAGCACACGUCACAUCACUCCAGUCGCGCCGGCGUUCAGUUCACCCGGUGCCUCGGUUUAACUGCGUCCUCUUCCUCACCGCGCAGGGCGCCCAAAGUCACCCAAUCCCAUUGGACUGCAGGUCUGGUCUUCGGGGUCACCGGGCAAGGCUUCCCGGAGGGAGAGGGCCGUCGCGUUUCCUCUCCCCGGGCUCGGCAACGGAGCCCUUCGCUCAAACCCCGUCGCUGGAGUUACUGGGACAUGGCUGCCCCCUUGUGGUGUGACUUGGCAGGCCAAGUUCCCUGUGUAAUUUCACUCGCUCUAUAUUUUGUGAUUAAUGAGAAGAGCUUAGAGUUCUAAAAAAAAUAAAAAUAAAAGUAUCUUUGUGCCUUUACACAGAUAUAUUUUUUCAAUAAUGGCUUUGUAAUACUUUUGAUUGAUAAACAACUAUGUUAUAAUAAUAUUCAGCAGGACUGGAGUAGGAUAGAAAAACACUUGUUGGUAAUGUAAUGUAAUACUAUAGGGACAAAGUUCUCUAUGUAGUAAGAAGUACACUAAUGUUAUGUAGAUUAACAAGUGAAUGACUUCCAUAUUAUAAGUUAUCUAACUUCAUUUGCCCAACUAUAAAAGCUAUUCAAUAAUUGCCUAAAAAUGAUUAUUACAUCCAUCAACUGACUUUUGCUACUGCUACUGUAAUAUUUAAGACGAUGUGGAAAAACAAAUAUAAAUUGUGACUUUAUUUUAACCUGAAAUCACUGGAGAGAAAUUAUACAAAUGCUGCUCUCCUGUACUGGAUUAUUGGUAAGAGUUUUAUAAGCAAGGAUUUAUUUUUAGUUUUUUUUCCCUGUUUAUUUUUUUCUUUUGCAAAUUAGUGGUACCAACAUUUAAUAAAGUGCCGAUAUAGAAA